CGCUUGGACAUGUUAGGUAUCUGUCCCUUGACAGCCCCCGCAUUGCAUCUCGUGAGUAAGAGAUAUUUGAGGUGUGUCGCCGGAUUGAGCAAUGUCACACUCGAAACUGUCCGUGCCCAAAUACUGCUGCCGAACGAUCCUGGCUUGGUCGCGUUCAUCUGGGCAAUCAGACAUGCUUCGGACGAGUCGUGCAAAUCCUGCAAUUGCGCAUCAAUUGCCCACUCUAUUACGAUCUUGAAUAUCUAGGGACUUUCGAGUACCCAGUAUUGCUCGAUUCCAUCUCAAUUCCUGAGAUCCCUCAAUUGUAUCUACUUUUUUUCACCACCGAAAAUGCCUACCAAAUACAACGGGUUGCUGGACCAAAAUGGUAUCGAAGAAAUCAAACUUUCACCAUCAAUCUGGAAGCCAGUUCGAACGGCCAAAUGGGGCCUCGAUAUUGUACGCCCGGAAUUUCUCUCCUUGCGGCAGGCCUCAAAAACCAAGCCAAUUAGGCCAACAGCAUGGCUGGACGGUCUAAGAGGCUUCGCUGCACUCCUGGUCUAUCUGCACCAUCACCAACUCUGGGCUCACGGGGAACGUGGUAACUCUGUCUUCGAAAAUGCCUACGGCUACGAGGGAAAACACUAUUUCGCAGCCCUGCCAUUCGUACGCAUCUUCUUCUCUGGUGGCCAUUUUGCUGUUGCCGUCUUCUUCGUCAUAUCUGGUUAUGUGCUUUCCCUCAAAAGUCUGCGCAUGAUCCAGGACGGCCAUGCUGUCAGUGCUGCAGACAGUAUCGGUUCCGCUCUCUUCCGCCGUUGGCUACGACUUUACCUGCCCGUCGUUGCGAUUACCCUCGCACUCAUGUCUAUCCGCCAAUGGAGCGGAUUGUGGGUUGACUUGCAGCCAAUGGAAGAUACAUACUGGAAAGAACUGAUCAAAUGGUACCACAUGUUCAAAAACUACAGCUUUGUCUUUUCCACCGAGAUCUAUGGUUUUGCUACACAGUUCCAUGCGCACGUCUGGUCGAUCCCCAUUGAAUUCAAAGGAUCUAUCAUUAUCUAUACCGCACUCUCCGCACUCUCUAGGUGCACAAAGAACUCCCGGCUCUGCUGCGAGGCCGCUCUGAUAUUCUACUUCCUCUACAUCGCGGACGGCUACUACGGCGCAAUGUUCAUUUCUGGAAUGUUGCUUUGCGACCUUGAUUUGCUCGCACAGCAGGACAAACUUCCGCGAUUGUUUUCCGCUCUGGCGAACUUUAAGGAGUUUAUCUUCUUCCACAUGUUUGUCUUUUCUCUCUACCUCAGUGGUGUGCCCUCCUAUGACGUGUCUGAAGCGGAUCGCGCUGCUUUCCUCACCAAGUCGCCAGGAUGGAUCUGGUUGUCGCAUCUCAAACCUCAGGCAGUAUUUGAUGCGAAAUGGUUCUAUCUCUUCUGGGCAGCAUUCUUCGCGGUCGCAGCAGUGCCUCGCUUGCCAUGGCUCAAGCAAUUCUUCGAGACGCGCUUCUGUCAAUAUCUUGGACGCGUAUCUUUUGCGCUGUACUUGGUACAUGGGGUUGUUAUCUGGAUCGUCGCUGACCGACUGUAUGCAUUGGUGGGCCUUACGAGAUCGGCUCACGCCGAAGGGAUACCGGAGUGGGUCAACAAAUUCCCCCUGCCUGCCAAUGGCCCACUAGGGCUGGAAUUGGCUUUUUGGUUACUCCAGCCCAUUCUCCUAUCUAUCACAUUGUAUUUUGCAGAAGUCGUGACAAGGUUGGUCGACGAGCCAAGUGUCAAGUUUACCAAUUGGCUUUACAAAAAGGCGCUUUCUCAACAGACGAAGCCGGGGCAUCAGCGUAGCCAAUCAACACGAUAAGUCGGUAUGUAGCUGCAACCAGAAGUAUCGAUAUUGAACAAAUCAUUCUUGGACCCCAAACCCUUCAUUACAAUCCUGAUCAUAUUGCGAUGCUUCCAACGUUUGCUGUCGAUCUCAAUAAGAAUAUUCGGCUUCAUGUGACCGUUCAGCUACAUUCCUCGGGAGUUGAUGUUACGCCGCACUACUGCAGGUGCUGAAGGGGCGGGACGUGACACAGCAUAGGCGCCCGUUGUAUUGAUGGUCGAAAGAGGCGUACUCCGCCGAGUCAGUCACCAUGGGGG